AGCGGAGCGAGGCCGAGCCGAGGCGGUCAGCCGGAUAAAGCGAGAGCUGCGAGAGAGCUGAGGAGAGGAGCGCGCGCGUUCGACGUCGUCGCGGCGCGCGAGAGAGGGCUGUGCUUGCCUUGGCGAGGCGACGCGCGCGCGGAGAGUAGAGUAGCGGACGAGGAGAAGCGUGGCGAGAUCGAGUCGAGCCGAGGGCAGCGAUCGCGACUCUGGAGUGCGCGGCAGCAUGGAGACCCUCGAGUCGAGCCGCGUGUGCCGCCUCUGCGGCCAGCAAUCGGGCAUCUCGAUCAACAUCUUCGACGAGAGCGAGAAUCACGUACGGAAAAUCAACGCCGUGUUGCCGAUCAUGGUACACGAGAUGGAUCUACUGCCGAAGCAAAUGUGCCAUCGGUGCAGCUACAAGUUGGAGGAAUUCCACAAGUUCUACGUGGACUGCCUGAAGACGGACGCGGCGCUCAAGAGUCAGCUGUCGUGGAUGCGGAAGGGUGGCGGCAGGGAGAAAGUCGGCGUGCCGAUGGUGCACAUCGAGAACAUGAAGAUCAAAGCGGAGCCGCUCGACUACGACGUGUACGAGCUGGAGCCGUUGGUGGAGAACAUCGACUACAUUAACUCGAUGAACUCGGUGGCGUUCCGGGCCGGUGGCAUUCACGACGGGCUGACGUACGCGGCGUUCUCGCGCUACCGUUGUUGCUGUGAUAAGAAGGACCAAAGCAGACCGAGGCGAACCACAGCAGGGCUCUGCCAGAAUUACGAAGGACAGACGCCCAGAUCCGGUAGGGUUGCGGACGUUUCGCGGAAGAGGACCCUCGAGGACACCGCCGCCGCACGGUUGGAGCUGUUUAAGCGGAGUCCCUUUACGCAGUCGGUGUUCCCGGAUUGCCCGCAGAAUCGUCUGCCGCGUGUCGAGAACGCCGUCGAGAACGCGCGAGAUCGUCCACUGGCCACAGAUACGAGUACCAAAGAUAACGUAGCCUCCUCUCCGGAAACGCGGAAUCAUUCUCACGGUAGACUCGAAGCGUCCCCUAAGAGUCAGACGAUUGCCAGGAGCACAAUAGUGCGGAACUUGAGGCCCAGGAAAAAUCUGGUGAACUAUACGUCUAAUAAGAAGAGAAUAUCGAGUGUCAAUCCGGGACCAUCCGCGUUGACAAAGUCGAACGUUUCCGAGACGACACCCGCCGCGGACUUCGAGCUGGUGCGGCAGAUCAAAGUGGAGCAGACAGACGAGUCCGAGGGACGCAACUUAAGGCCGAGGAAGAACGUUGUGGAUUAUCAGGAGCCAAAGAUGAGGAAGAUCGCGGAGCAUCGCGCGAAGAGGCGCAAGAAUGAGCAAGAUGAGCAGGGCUCGAGAUUGCACUCGAAAGACGGGAGUGCAUCGAAUGCUCUGAACUUCGAGAUAAAGCAGGAGACUGUAGACAAUUUGGAAGUGACGGUGCUUGUCAGCGAAACGACUACCGACUCGGCGCCACAAUUAUCGAGCGGAUUCGCCGCUUUACCCGCGAAGAUCGAAGCAAUGACGAGCGACAAUGACGUCACUCUGCGAGAUGACUAUUUCAGGUCGCAAUUUCAAGAUCAAUUCCAGUUGGCCGAGCGUAGAUCGCUCUCCCACGUCAUGAAGAACAACAGGCUGAAGACGAAGAAGUAUCGGUUCUCCUCGGCGAACUGUUCGCCGAAGUACCUGCGAAGUCAGGACGCGUAUCUGAGGAACGGCAAGACGAGGAAGAGCGACUAUAUGGAGUGGUCGAUGAAGAGACUGCAGACGAGGAAGCUGAUGGUCAACAAGAGCGCGAAGAAAUCACCGAUGCUGAAGGUAUCCGAAAACAUCAAGCAUUACUGCGAGUCGUGUAAUGUCAGCUUUAUGAACAAGGAGCUGUUUAGAUUGCAUGCGUGUUACUACGAUUGAUCUCUUCCCGAAUUCUCGAGAAACAUGAAGUCCACGAGCUGUCUGAAGAUUGUUCGAAGGAUUAAGAUAUCUUCUAGAUAUCUCUGUUCGAAUAGAAGACCAGGACACUUCGCGACGAAGUGUGAAAAAUGCACAAAGAAUUAAGAAAUCUUUGUGAUUGUACAUGAUGUGCAUAUAUGUACAUAUAUCUUUCAAUUUGCAAUUCUUCUAAUCUUUUUCUUUCGAAUAUUUCGCUUACAAAAUUGAAAGUGCUUUUGUUUAAAUUUGGACAUUUUCUAUUCUAAGAAUAAGGGAUGAUAGAUCAAAACGUGCCUGUCCCUAAAAAUUUGACCAAGUUCGUAUAUAAUAUAUACUUUUUUUGGAAUAUCGACAUUAGCUAUUUGAUCGUUGACUUUUUUUUUGACAGUUUUAUUAAGGUUUUAUCAAGUGCAAGGGUAAACGGGAUAUAGCAAAUUCCUUAUGUACAUAAUGAACUUAAAUUUAAUACUACUCGUUAUUAUCUUUACUAUAUGAUUUAUGUAAGCGAUAUACAUAUAUGGAUAUAUAUU